AGAUAUUCGUUGCCAUUGUAAACAUCGAUAAAUUCAUAUUGAAUAGAAGAUUAAAAUCGGCGUUUUAUAAAAAGUCGAUUUAACCAGAAUGGAUGAAGAUAAUAUUGAUAAAGAAAAAUAUCUUCAGAAAGCAUCACAUAUAUGGUCAAUGCUAAAUGACAUGAGAGAAACGGAUCCUGCGAAAUACAGAAAGUUCAUAGAUGAGCAGUUAAAGGCUGGAAAAGAAAUCGUGAAUUCAAGAAAGCCCAUAGAACCCCACAUGUGUUUAAAAGUACAGUUUAAGGACUUGGAUGAAAAAAAAAACCUAUAUAUAAAUUUCGUUACAUGGAAUCGUCUUCCUGAACCAAAGAGUGAAACACACCCUGUACCAAUAGCUGGGGGACCAAUUUACGAUAUUUCCAAUGAUAGUAAAUCUAUAACUGUAGCAUUAAAUUCAAAAGUUCUCGAAGAAAUGGGUCGAAAUGGUUCACCAGAAAAGCGCGAGUGCUUAAUAGGAUUAACAAUUUCUUUUAUUGAGGAAAAUCGUAAUGUAAAGUUGAGAAUAAAUUAUGAAAUAGAAGGUGACAAUAAGCUAUAUCAUGGAGACUUAAAGACAAUAGUCAACUCUUUGCUAAAAGCUUAUAAUCAAAAAGCAGAUGAUAGCAUGGAAUAUUUGAAAGAGUUUGCGCCAAUAGCUUCUUUGUUACCUGAGCAUAAGACAGUAAAUGAAGUUACAACUGAAGAUAUCAUCACCCGUAAAAGUUCAGAUAAUGAGAAUCCUGAUAUCAUUAUACCAGGUGUUAAUGAGAAAGCAACAAAAACAUGUCUGAUAGAAGAAGUAGCACCAAAAUAUUUGACUCCUACUUAUAAAAUAUCUGAUGAAAUAAAAGAGGGAGUACCAACUUACUUAAUGAAAAUAUCUCUUCCCGGUGUGAAAGCCUCGAGCUGCGAUUUGGAUAUGAGUGAGACAGAUCUAGUUUUAAAGGCAGAUAAUUACGAAUUGGAAUAUAAAUUCAAGAAAAAUAUAAAUUGGGAAAGAGUGUCUACGAAAUUUUCGAAGAAAAACAAUCUUUUAACUAUAACUAUUCCACAAUUAGUUUAAGAUUACUAGAUAUCAAAGAAUUAAUUUGUUACUUUGUUAACUUUUGAUAAAGAAAAAUGACGACGUUUGACGGAAAAUUUUUACAU